UCACUGCUCUAACAGAGAAGUUCAGUCAGAGCACAAGCCUAGACCGGGGUGCGGAUGAGGUGACGCAAACCCUCAAUCGCUAUAUGGGUGAUAUCGUGGAAGGGGAUGCUGUGCUGGUGCUGUGGAGAGUCGAGCAAGCCCAGCUGGGAGACACCAUCAGCCUGGUGCUGCAGUGCAGCCAGCGCAUCCAGCAGAAGUACGGGAUGCGGAGGACGGAUGUGGGCCUGCAGCUCCGCCUGAAGAUAGGGAUCUCGGCAGGGCACAUGUCCUUCCUCACGGUGGGGGAUGGAAAGGAGCUGCGCUUCCUGGUCUUUGGCCGGGCUGUGGGUGACGUUUGGCAUGCCCAAAACGCUGCCCGCGCCAGUGAUGUUAUCCUGUCAGCCCACGGCUGGGAGCUCUGUAACCAGAGCAAGAUCAGGAUGAGGAUGCUUGAUGGACCUGCUGUGAAGGUUACAGGCAUGGAAGAGAUGUCCGAAUCGGAAUAUGACGACAUCUUAUCGAAGGUCAACCGGGGUCGGUUGAACUCCUCCCUGCCUGAACGGCCAGGCGUCCUGAGGCCUGCUGUGACCCUGCCCCCUUGGAAUCCUCUGAGGAAGCUGCUGUGCAAGUACAUCCCAGCGACUGUUGUGCGCAAGAUCGAUGACGGGCAGCCCCUGGAGUGCUUAUCUGAGCUGCGGCCAGUCAGCUGCCUCUUUGUCCAGCUGCAUUUUGCAGAGGACGUCAGCUUACAUCAGCUGUGCAAGGGCAUCCAGGACAGCAACGUGAUCAUAGCGACCAUCCUGCGCCCUUACAAGGGCGAGAUCAACAAAAUUUGCAUGUUUGACAAAGGCUGCACGCUGCUGUGCGUGUUCGGGCUGCCCGGAAACAAGGUGCCCUGCGAGAGUGUCCACGCCUUGGGAAGUGCUCUGGCAAUCUCCAAGGCUUGCAUCUCGAGCUCCACGAAACUCGAGGCGGUGUCCAUUGGGGUCACGACCGGGACGGUGUUCUGCGGAGUCGUUGGCCACCCCAUGAGGCACGAGUACACAGUCAUAGGGCAGAAGGUGAACCUGGCAGCCCGGCUCAUGGAGUUCUACCCUGGUGUGGUGUCGUGCGACACGGCAACCUACGCUGCCUCCCGGCUGCCCCGCACCUGCUUCAAGGAGCUGCCCGAGGUGGCCAUGAAGGGCGUUGCUGAUCCUGGCACCAUCUAUCAGUACCUGGGCAUCUCCAAGGAGCUCAUGUUUGGCAUGGAGCUGAAAAAGGAGAGGCCCGAGCAUUCCCCCUUGCUCGGCCGGGACAAGGAGAUUGCUCUCUUCAAAAGAUAUGUGCAGGCCUACGUGGCUCAUGGAGAGAGCCACGUCAUGGCCUUUGAGGGCAUGAAGGGCUCUGGAAAGAGCCAUUUACUUUCUGAACUUGCCAAGUUAGGCCGGGCUGCUGGGCAUAGGGUAGUGGCUGUGGCGCUGACAGAGCUCCACAUGAAGCAGGACUACUCUGUGCUGAGAGGGAUGCUGGCCAUGGCCAUGGACCUGCAGGCCUGCCAAUCCUGCAGCACCAGGCAACUUGUCCUGCAGGAGAAGCUCCAAGGGCUCAUGGAAGAGAGCAGCUACUGCCUCCUCAAUGCCCUUUUCCUGGUUAAGUUUCCAGCAUCGAAGAAAGUUUUGAAGAUGAAUGGUGCUCAAAGGGCCCUGGAAGUGGAAAUCGCAUUUAAAAAAGUGCUGCAGAAGACUUUUGAAGACAAGGUGCUGUUCCUCAUUGACAACGCACACUAUAUGGACUCCUUCUCCUGGGCUGUUCUGUCCCACGUGCUCAGAGACAUCCCGAGCUUUGUGGUCAUGGGCUUUGCUCCCGGUCCCUGCAGAGGACAGAGGCUUUGCAGAGCUGCGGCAGAUGUCAUGAAGCUGCAGCAGACAACUUACAUUCGCCUGGAGGAGCUGAAGCCUUCAGGUGUCAUGCAGAAAGCCUGCAGGCACCUUGGGGUGGUCAGCAUGCCCCAUGACCUAGAGACAUUCCUGAUGCAGAGAAGUGGUGGGAUGCCCUACUACUGUGAGGAGCUGCUGAGCCACCUCCAGCAGCACAACAUGCUCUUGAUCCAGCCUCUAAGGAGGGAUGAAGGAACGGAGCCCAAGUGGGAGAACCUCUUCACUCCUGCAACAGAGGCUCCUCUUGUCGGCUCAGCCAGAAGGUCCAGCGCACACCAGGACUGCAGGGUGUGCACCAUCAGAGCUGGCGUGAACCUGCAGAACAUGGUGCUUCCCCCCAGCCUGAAAGGGAUUGCGCUCACAGAGCUGGACAGCAUGAACUUCUCGGAGCAGAUGGUUUUGAAGUGUGCAGCCAUCAUUGGGCCGACAUUUACCACAGAGCUGCUGUUCCACAUCCUUCCCAAGUGGACCAGGACCAAGCUCAACAAGAUCCUGAGUGUCCUGGUGACGUGCAACAUCUUGAGGUGGCAGAAUGUCAAAACGGUGGCAGAAGACAGCAGCGUUUCCACCACGUGGUCUGCUACAACGCAGCAGGAAGAGACUGAUGACAAGUGGUCCUUGGGCGAGAGCGACGAGCUGCAGUCCGACGUGCUGGCCUUCCGCGUCCCGUUGCUGCGCGAGGCCGCCUACGAGCUGUGGCCCAGGGUGCAGAGGGUGGCCAUGCACCGCAAGUGCGCGGCCUUCCUGGAGAGGCGAGCGCACAAGUGCCAGAGCUGCGGCGGAGCGGAAUUUGUGGCCUUCCACCACGUGGCCGUCAGCAGCAGCCCAGAGGAAGAGAGCACAGACAGCGCCGCUGGCAAAGGCUGCUCUGCCAGCAGCACAGGCGAGGAGAGCAGGGGCCAUGAGCUCCCUGCCACUGCGGGUGCUGCAACAACUGUGCAGGAGGAGACAGGCUUCUGGGAUGAGACUUUACGAGCUACAGAACGGUUUCUGGCCAAGACAGAGCAGACGGUGCCAAGGAACAGCAAAUGGAUGCAUGGUGCCUCGUGCUCCUGCGAAUGCAAGGCCACCGCGGACUUGGUGCUUGUGCCCUUGGCUCACCACCACCUGGCCAUGGGCAACGAGGCCAGAGCCAUUUAUUACCUGCUGGAGAGUGCGGCUGCCUACGUGCACGUCUCCAACAACUACCUGGCCUUUACAAGUCUGCAGCGAGCGGAGGCCCUGAGGAGCGCAGCAGCGCAGAAAGGCGAGGGGCUGGCGAGCUUUGAAGAAGCCACCUUGCUCAGCCUGAAAGGAGAGGUCUGCUACAACAUGGGAUGCAUGGAACUGGCGGAGAAGAACAUCAGGAAGGCACUGAGCCUGCUAAAGAGGCCAUUCCCAAGCACCUCAGCUAGUGUCUUCUUUAAGUCUCUCCUCGAGAAGUCGCCCCAUGCGUCCUACAGGAAGAGCAGAGAAAGCUCCUCUCCUCAGGAGACGGGGAGGGAGAGGCUCCCCUGGCUGCUGCGGCAGAGCCGCUGCCUUGCCCUCCUGCGGCAGCUCUUCAGCCAGCGGAACACGUCCAGCAGGCAGAGGCUCUCGGGCCUGGCAGCGGGCAUGAAGCUCCCGAGUCUGAGCACGCGAGUCACAAAGAGCAAAGAAGGCAAAGAGCGAGAGGAUGGGAAAGAGGCUGGGAGGCUUUUGGAGGGGCUCCUUCGGAUCCCCCGCCAAGGAGAUGCUCCACGGAGGCUCGCUGUGCUCCUCCCCAGAUACCCGGAAUGUGCAGAUGUGCUCUCCAGGCUCGAGAAGCAGGUGGCUGGAGAGCAGCGGCUCAUUGGACAGGCCUGCUUCUUCUCCUGCUGCCUAGACCUCUUGCUUUAUGCUGGCUGGGAGUACAAGUCUUUUGAGGACUGCAGGAAAUUUGUGGAGUGCAAUGAAGACAACCGCAUCCUCAAGUGCCAGAAGAGCAUCCUGCUGGGGCUGUAUUCAUCCCUGGCUCUUUGGUUUGUGAGGCUUGGCCUGUGGGACAAGUUCCAGAAGCCCUUUGAAAAGGCCAAGAGGCUGCUGAAGAGAGCAGACGGCUCCAUAUUUGCCACCCAAGCAUGCACGCGGAUGCUGGAAUGCUACAUCCUGGGGCUGAAGAAUGAGCUGGAGCACCGCUCGGCGAGGGCCCGGGAGAGCCGCAUGCAGGCCCUGAGGCUUGCAGAAGAGGCUCUCUCUCGGUGCUCUACAAGCCCCGUCUUCUACGCCAGAGUCCAGCACCUGACCGCCUACCUCUUCUGCAUGCUGGGUAACAAAAGGCAGAGCCUGUUGUGCCUCAGUGAGGCCCUUCGAGCCUGUGAGGGGAAUGGAAACCUCCUGGAGAAGAGCUGGCUGGAGAUGAGCACUGAAUUGUGGUGCACGGAGAAGGGCCCUGUGGAAGAUCUGUGGCUGAGGACAGCGCCACAUUUUCCGCAGCUGAUGGAAGCAGAGCCAGAAGGCGGCAGCUGCAGGUAUCUGCUGAAGCUGCCAGCACUCCAGCGUGAGGAUGCUCUAUGA